AUGAAGGAUUGGGGCAUAGUGAGUUGGUGUGCUUGGUGCUUAGGAUUUGGCAUGGCUGGUCACACACAUCCACACCCUCUUGCCUCCACCCAUGCCAACCUCCAGAUCCGUCGCUCUGUUCAUUCCACCAGAUGCCAAGAUUCGGAUGAUGACACUGAAAAAGAGGAAGAGGAGGAUGAAAAGAAGAGUUAUGUUCAAAGCAGCCAGUAUAGAUCAGCCACCUCUCUCCACCUUCCUGACAUUCCCUCCACUGUGGCUGUUCAGGUGCAGCCAAGUGCUGUUCAAAUACACCGUCCAGAUCUGCAAGACACAUCGCAUAAUGUUCUAGAUCCUGUUGAAAGUUCUCUGAAUUUGAAUACCUCUGAAUUUGAGCCUGUCUCUAUCAGGCUCAGCACUCACAGCAACAGUUCUUCCAGUAGGCUAAUAGAGGGUCCAAAUAAGCUAAACAUUUCCUCAACUCAGCACCCCACUACAAGAGUCAUCAUGGACCCAGCUACUGUGGAAGGUAACAGGAGAAGACAGCUUAGAUUUUUAACUCCUGAAGAGGCUGCCAGACUUCCCCAGCAAACACCAUCUCAUAUUCCUGCUGUCCCAGGCCUUGUAGAAUAUUCUCCAAGGACCAGAAAGAGUUGGACAUGGAGUGGUGCCAGUUAUCUUCGAUCCUUGUGGGGACUUGAAGAACCAGUAAACUAUGCAGGUCAAUACACACCCCGAGGUUCCUCAAAACCUGUCAAGCUGCGUAGUCCUAACACACUAAAAGCUAUUUCCAGUUACCAUGGCCAUGCUGAUACCAGAGACAGCCCUGUGUGGUACUCAUUUGGUAAGCUGGAGCUAGCUGUCAGAUACUGCCACAGCUCUAAAAUGCUAGAUGUAAAGAUGAUGAAGGUGACUCAUCUUCCUCCAGGAAGAGAACACAUCAACUUUGAUUUCCAGGUGAGAGUGAUCCCAGGGAAGAAGGCAAAGUGGAUGAAACUGGCAACACCAGAAAUCAACCAUGGAGAAGACAAUCACAUAGCAUCGUGCUCCCUGAAGAUAAAUAAAUUAUUAGACAAGAGCCUGGUGAUAUCAGGGUAUGUGCCAGACGUUAAGUCACAUGCUCAUCUGGCUUUGGGACAUGGGAUCAUUCCUAACUUCGGUGCACAGCAACUCAUUGACAAAUGGCAGACACUUACACUACAGCUGCGCCAAGGGACUCAGGAGCAGGAUCAUUUGGGCACAGCUCUGGUGGGUCUCUCAUGCUGUGAACGUGUUAUUGGCUACUACACUUUCAUAGUUGAAUUAUUGCAGCUGAGGAAUAUAAAGGUACUACGUUUAGGCAGCAAAGCAGUCGCCUCUUUUAAAACAAGGGUGAAUGUUAAGGUAUGGGCAGUAGUGAAGACAGAAGGAUGCAGAGUAAGAGAGGAAGAGCUGAGCUCCACACCGCUUGAACGACCCAAAGACCAAGACAAGCAAGGCUGGGAGGCUGCCUUUAAGAAUAACUGCUCCACCACUUUUUCUAUAUCCAAGGAAAAGGUUACUUCUUCAUGUGUCAUCUUGGAGAUUCAUGGCCAAGCUCGGCAGACUGUCACAUUCAGUGAGGCUCUACUGGGCAAGGUGAUUCUUGGACCUGAGGAACUCUUUGGUGGGGAAGAUAAUGGCCAACUGGUGCUUGGUGGGGGAUCUGUUAGUGUGCCCGGUGAUCCACUGGACGCCCGACUCACACACUGGGGUCUCACCAUCAGACGCAGGGCAAAGGUAGAGAUGUGGCACAGAUUGCAGAUAUGAUCAUAUAUGUCAUGAUGCUUUUACUUUUGUUCAGGUGAGAGCAUGAAAUGGUGGUUGUUGUCUGCACUUUUAUAGAAUAGUAAUCAACAAUUAUUAUUUUGUGCUCAGAUUGGAUACUAUACAUGUUCAUUGUUUUGAGACAUGAUUUCUUUUCAUUUUUUUGUAUGAGGGAAACCUGGCCAAGGGCAACAAAAACUGUGAUUAAGAAAAAGGCCCACUGAGGUGCCAGUUCCCAAACAGGUUUAAGGAAAUGUAGUUUCAAGAGGACUCCAAGGAUGAUAAAGGAGUUUUUUUUUUUUUUCCAAUUUUGAAUUUUGUUUGAAAAAUGUAUUUGUAGUUAAAUGAAUGCAGUUUUGUGUGAAGGAAGAGCAUUGUCUUUAAAGAGCAGGCUGUGACUGCCUCUUUGUGUUGUGAGACACAAAGGGAAAUGUUCAGCGAGCUCACAGCUGGCUUUGAUAAAAAGUUCACGACACGCCCUGAACCAGUACUAUUAGACCUUACUGGGAGUAAUUAUCGUUUCAACAGGUGUCUACUGUGUCCUCCUCCCGUGUUUGACAUUGCAUACAGAAUUCUAUUUAUGACCUGCUUUGUGACACAUACAGUACAUUAGCCAAAACAACUCCAUGUAAAUUUAAAAUAGUACUGUGUACAAUAUCUUUAGAGUAAUCUGAUGUAACCUGCUACUAAUGAGAAAAUAUUCCUUAAAAGAGAAAAAAUGUAAACAAGAAAUGGUAGUAGAAAAUAGACUUACCUUAGGGGCAGGAAUUUGUUUUAUGUAUAGAAACAUAAAGAGAAUAAGUAAUAAUAACACAUCUCCAUUGUCUUAUAUGGACUGUCCACUAUUUGGGGGUGAUUCUUAUGUGUAUAUACAAAGUUGAAACUCUGCAUCAGAUAUGUGUUAAGUAUGAAAUAAAGGGAAUUGUCUUGUAAAAUAAAUGAAAUUGAUGUAGUUGUACCUUCAUUAAGACUAGAAAAAUAAGAUAUGCACUUUUCCUGAGUUCAUAAGAUUCACAGAAAUGAUUAAGGCUUUCUUUGGGUAUGCAAUAUAAACAAACACAUUUUCCUCAAUAAAUGUCCAAGAUAAUAAAGAUAUAUUCUCCUUAGUCAUUAAGAUUAGGCAGAAUAAGAAGGCACAUUUUAAUGUGUUUAUAAGAUGAAAUAAGGAGACACAUUUGGAAGAAUUUAUGAGAUCCAAUAGAACUAAAAUACACAUUUUCUCUUGUUUUGCUGAUAGAAAUAUAUCAGUGAUUUAGAAAAUAUGAAAGAAAACAUAUGGCAUAUUGCGUGAUUCAAGGGGUGCAUGAAAACAUGCAUAUGUAGUCUUAUUUUCUCCCUUGUCACCUUGCCCACAUCUUCUAUUCAUGGGAAAUAAGAGGUAUCUCUGCAACCAAACUGGAAGUUCAUCAACCAAGUUGAUUUAAUGUGUGUAUUGACUGGAAAUCAGCAUUAUAAACUUCAUGGUAUGCAUAAAAAGUUGAAUGUCUAUUAUAGUGGUUCUUGUGCCUUGUGUUAUAAAAAACAGACACUGGUCCAAGUUGGUGCUGAGCUCACCAGCUGUUCAUCCUUCCUUUGGGUCAGUCAGUAAAUAGAUACCUGAAGAAACCUGAGGAAGGUAAACUGAAGAAAAAUGGAUGUCCAGUGGUCCUGUGCCUUACGAUAAUGGAUAUUACUCACCACAGGCUCAGAGGCCAGUGAGGCCAAGGUGAGCACUGAGGAUAUGCACACCUGUAGCACAUGUCCCAUAACUUUACCUUUAAUCCUUGAACAAAUUCAUGUAUUAGAUAAGCAGCUUUAGUGUUACAGAAAUAUGUAUUUCAACAUUAGGAUAAGAAAUGUGAUACUUUGUAGAUAUUCACUAAAUACAUUUUACAUUAGUCUUUGACUCCUGUAGUCCUAACCCAAUCAAUAAAGGAAUACUUAAGAUUUGGUUUGUCCAGGAGGAUAGAUACCACAUGGAUUAUAACAUCAUAUCUUUAAUGAUUACAGUUUUGUAUACUCAUAGCUUUAAAAUACACCUGAAGUAUAUGCACAUUCACAAUACUAGUUACUCUUUCUAGUCACAUAUCUUAGUAUACAUAUGAAAUUAUACACAUAUGUAUAUAGCUCUUUUUAUCUUGAAAACAAGGAUACUCCUGGUGUGACAGAAGCUAUUUACAUGAAGUGUACAACAGAGGACACUACAAUAGUACACAGCUGAAUUUUGUUGCUAUCUGAAACAUCUUCACCAAUCCUGACCUGUCAUCAGAGAACAAUUCCAGGAGUCUAAAGCUGCUGCCUGUGAUCGCUCUUUCACAGUCCUCACUCAUAUAAUGGAUAAAACAUUUGGGAUGGAAUGAAGAAAAAACAAAAAUAAGAAAAGAUUAUCAUCUGCUACACAGUACAGUAAGCACCUGCGAUCAGACUAAGAUAUCUUGUGACAGGGCCCUAAGAAGCCUGUGAAGAGCACCUGUUAAUACUGAGGCAGGUGCUUGGCCUACUGCAGGUGAUCAGCACAACAUAAGCACCAUUGCCACAGAACUCCUACCAUUACCAGGAGGAAAUCACUGCAUGGGGAAAGUAGGUAGAGGACUAGAAACAACUCUGGUCAUGAGAUUGUGGUAAAAGGAAUGUGGAAGAAAUAUUAAUAACACAAAAAAGUAAUAAAAAAAUAUACAAGAAAAUAUAUAGUGAGAUCCUGACAGCUUGACAGGAUAACCACAAAGCUUGUUUUCAGCCAGAAUACCAGGACAGAGCCGGCAUGGCAGCUUGAGGAAUGCGUUGGGCAGAAGUUAACUAAUGAAUGCCAUAAGGAAGACAAUUGCCAUUACUAAUAGAAAAACAUCAGUUUUUUGGGACAUUCAGACCCCAAAGCAGAACAAGCUGCAGCCAUGGAUGGUCCUUAUGGACAAUGCCAUCAACUUGAAGAAAAAUUUGUUACACAAAGUUGUAAAAGACCACUAUAAUAGAAGUUUGACAUUUAUCCGGUGAAGUUUAAACAAGUGAAAAAAAAAAAAAAAAUUCACAUUUGUUGAAAUUUAAAUAAAAAAGUUAAAGUGAACAUUAGAGUACAAUUUUGGCAUUUAAUCUAUUGAAACUGAAAAGAAAAAAAGUUUGAACAGCAGUACAAUCUUGACACCUAACUUUGAUACAUCCAACGAACAAGAUUAUUGGAUCCACGAUUUGGAACUUUAGUUAUGUACAGAAGAUAAUGAGUGAAGGUGUGUUCAUGAAUGUAUGAACAACAGCUGUGUUAUCUCUUGGGUAUGUCUUUAGUGUUGUGCCAAAUAUCUCUCUCUCUCUCUCUCUCUCUCUCUCUCUCUCUCUCUCUCUCUCUCUCUCUCUCUCUCUCUCUCUCUCU